GGGCGCUCCCCUUCCCCGCCCCCUGACGAGGUGAGAGUUCAGCGGCCAGCAAGUCGGCUGGGACGACAAUGGCGGGGCUGUGGGUCAGGACAGUGGCACUAUUGGCGGCCAGGCGGCAUUGGCGGCGGUCCUCCCAGCAACUGCUGUGGACGCUGAAGCGUGCUCCAGUCUAUUCACAGCAAUGCCUAGUGGUGUCCCGAAGUCUCAGUUCUGUGGAAUAUGAGCCUAAAGAAAAAACUUUUGAUAAAAUUCUUAUUGCUAACAGAGGAGAAAUUGCUUGUAGGGUCAUUAAGACUUGCAGGAAGAUGGGCAUCAGGACAGUUGCCAUCCACAGUGAUGUUGAUGCCAGCUCGGUUCAUGUGAAAAUGGCGGAUGAGGCUGUCUGUGUUGGCCCAGCUCCCACCAGUAAAAGCUACCUCAACAUGGAUGCCAUCAUGGAGGCCAUUAAGAAAACCGGGGCCCAAGCUGUACACCCAGGUUAUGGAUUCCUGUCAGAAAACAAAGAGUUUGCAAAGUGUUUGGCAGCAGAAGAUGUCACUUUCAUUGGACCUGAUACUCAUGCUAUUCAAGCCAUGGGUGACAAGAUAGAAAGCAAACUGUUAGCCAAGAGAGCAAAGGUCAACACAAUCCCUGGUUUUGAUGGGGUAGUAAAGGAUGCAGAUGAAGCCGUCAGAAUUGCAAGGGAAAUUGGCUACCCUGUGAUGAUCAAGGCCUCAGCAGGCGGUGGUGGGAAAGGCAUGCGCAUCGCUUGGGAUGACGAAGAGACCAGGGAUGGCUUUAGAUUUUCAUCCCAGGAAGCUGCUUCUAGUUUUGGUGAUGAUAGACUACUAAUAGAAAAAUUUAUCGAUAACCCUCGUCAUAUAGAAAUCCAGGUUUUAGGGGAUAAACAUGGCAAUGCUCUGUGGCUCAAUGAGAGGGAGUGCUCGAUCCAGAGAAGAAACCAGAAGGUGGUAGAGGAGGCGCCGAGCAUUUUUCUGGAUCCUGAGACGCGCCGAGCCAUGGGAGAGCAGGCCGUGGCUUUGGCUAAAGCCGUGAAGUAUUCUUCUGCUGGAACUGUGGAAUUUCUUGUGGACUCCCAGAAGAAUUUUUACUUCUUGGAGAUGAAUACAAGACUCCAGGUUGAACAUCCUGUCACAGAGUGCAUUACUGGCCUGGACUUAGUCCAAGAAAUGAUCCUGGUUGCUAAGGGUUACCCACUCAGGCACAAGCAAGAGGAUAUUCCCAUCAGUGGCUGGGCAGUUGAAUGUCGGGUUUAUGCUGAGGACCCCUACAAGUCUUUCGGUUUACCGUCUAUUGGGAGACUGUCUCAGUACCAAGAGCCUAUACAUCUACCUGGUGUCCGAGUUGACAGUGGCAUCCAACCAGGAAGUGACAUCAGCAUCUAUUAUGACCCUAUGAUUUCAAAACUAGUCACAUAUGGAUCUGACAGAGCAGAAGCCCUGAAGAGGAUGGAAGAUGCAUUGGACAGUUAUGUUAUCCGGGGUGUUACACACAACAUCCCACUGCUUCGGGAGGUGAUAAUCAACACGCGUUUUGUGAAAGGGGACAUCAGCACUAAGUUUCUCUCUGAUGUGUAUCCUGAUGGCUUCAAAGGGCACAUGUUAACACCCAGUGAGAGAGACCAGUUAUUGGCUAUUGCAUCAUCCUUGUUUGUGGCAUCCCAGCUACGAGCACAGCGCUUUCAAGAACAUUCAAGAGUUCCAGUUAUAAGGCCAGAUGUGGCUAAGUGGGAGCUCUCAGUAAAAUUACAUGAUGAAGACCAUACUGUUGUGGCAUCCAACAACGGGCCAACAUUUAACGUGGAAGUUGAUGGCUCGAAACUAAAUGUGACCAGUACGUGGAACCUGGCCUCACCCUUAUUGUCUGUCAACGUUGAUGGCACUCAGAGGACUGUGCAGUGUCUUUCUCGGGACGCAGGUGGAAACAUGAGCAUCCAGUUUCUUGGCACAGUGUACAAAGUGCACAUUUUAACCAAACUUGCUGCAGAACUGAACAAAUUCAUGCUUGAAAAAGUACCCAAGGACACUAGCAGCACUCUGUGCUCCCCGAUGCCUGGAGUGGUGGUGGCCGUUUCCGUCAAGCCUGGAGACAUGGUAGCAGAAGGUCAGGAAAUCUGUGUGAUUGAAGCUAUGAAAAUGCAGAACAGUAUGACAGCUGGUAAAAUGGGCAAGGUAUGUCCCCAGAUUCCUACUAGCCUAUUCCAGCCUGUGAUGGACAUAGGCUCUCCACCUUUGAGACAUGGGUGGGUGUCCUGAAAUUGAAUACAAAGGUGAUUCUGCCCCAUGUCCCCCCUUUCCUGGGAAGGACACUGGAACUGGAGAGUUCCACUCUGUCAGUGUGUCUGCCUCCUGGAGAGCAGUCCUUCCAGGAAGGGGGUCUCCAUGUCGUGUUCAGGUAGCCAAAGCGUAUUUCCUCGCCAUGUUAAUGUCUUUCAGAUGAAGGGGUCUUUAAUGUUUAAUGUUUACAUCUGUCUCCGUGGCACUUAGUUACCUGAGACUUAGGUGACACAGCAGGAAAUGGUUUUACAGAUUGCGAAAAUUAAUGUAACGCAAGAUAACUUCCCCUCAAAGGGAACAAUUCAGUUGUAGAUGGAGGAGCUGAAGACCCACAUACAUGCAGGGGAUUUAAUGUUUCAGGGAGAAAGAGAGAGGGAAUCAGGACUAGAAUUUGUUUAGAUUGAAACUUUUCCUUAAAGAAAACAGAAAAGCUACUUUGCUAUUUUUCCUGUGACUAAAGAGAUGCCAUCAUUAAUAGAUAUUAUAUAUAUUAAUAUAUAUCAAUAUAUAUAUAUAUAUAUCCCCCUCCCAAAGGAUUGUUUUGAUUGAUUUGAGGAGUAUCUACAUAGUAGACCGUGACCAGCAGGUGAGGACAGCAGCAGAGGCUGGCUGUGUCCUAUGCUGUGGUCUGCACUGUGGCCACUUUUUGGGAACAUUGAGUUGAGAGAGAUGUCAGUUACAAUCAAGUCAGCCUCUGACUAUCUUGUGGUUCAUUCUAACCCUAAACCUAACCCUAAAAGUCAACAUCAACAAGAUGAAGUUUCAGAAGGCCUAGAGUUUGCCUACCUGCUCCUCAAGGGAAAAUCACAGGCCCCUCUGUAGAUUGAAUGGCCUCAGAUUGAAGAUAGCCAUCUAGUGUCUGAGGGCUCUGACAGUGUAGAAUCAUCUGCCAGGGUCAUUAGCCAUGUGGCAUCUGAGAGCUUUGACAUGGUAGAAUGGUGUCCAGGGUCUUAACCCUUUCUAAGCUGAAUCUGGGGUCUCAUGCUCAAGGAGGUGAAAGCAGUUAAGUAAUGAGCUCCCAAAAAUAUGGACACAAAAAAUGUGAGCUAUAGUUUAUUUAAAACUCAUUUCACUUGCUUUUGCAAAUGCUGCACUAGUGUCAUGGUGAGAACUUGCCCACCUCAUGGGGACCAAGAAUAGAUGUGUAGUCAGGCCAAGGGCCCUUGUGGCUGGGCUAAGGUGCUGACUUAGCACACUAUUAAUUUGCGAGGCAGCAUGGAGCCCAAUAAAAGCUGGACGCCUUAUUUGCUUUCUGUUGGGUCACCGUAGGAGUGGCCUGGCUGCUCCCGCAUCCUCAGCCCAGAACUGCUUGCAGGAAUGCUGUUGGACCUCAGCUCACUCAAUCCCUCCUGUCCAUUUAUUCCAGUCCUGGCCCAUAAAAUAAGCUCUGGAUUUCAACCCAGUAAGACAAAGGAGUGGCCCUGUCUGUGUCUGGAGCUAGUAGUUCUUCCUCGGAACGGUCGUUUUUCUUCCCAGAGGAAGUGCUCAGGAUGGGAACAGAUCCACAGGCACAGUCAGCAGGCUAUCAUUAAACACCUAGCACAUACCAACAUCCACUUCACUCUCGAUAGCACCUGCCCAUCAGGGCCUUUGAGUACUAUUCGAAUAGCUUUAUACUGCUCUUAGGAGCUCUGGGCUCAAGUUUAAGACAAAAGUCUGUUCCUUCUGCUUACAGUGGGGGGACUUGGGCACAGGCCUGUUCAGCAACCUGAACAAUUCCUGGGACUUUUAUUCCCUUAAUACUCAUAUGGCUAGUUAGGUCAAACCCACUGUUUGUUCAUGGCUUAAGCAACUAUUUCCAAGGAGAGAAAUGACUUAUGUCCUCUAGUCUUCUGCCUGUUCUUUCUAAACCUGCACAAAAAUCUGGAGAAGACAGGGCUAUGUUCAGAAGAGGAGAACAAGGUCAGGCUAGGAGAUUCUCUCCAAUUGGUACAUGUUUGGAUUGUUGUGAAGCUGUUUGAUUUUUACCAUGACAUUAAGUUCACAUUCUAGUCUCAAAACCACAGGAGGAGGCAGGAAUGGAAUGCAUCAGUCACCAACAUAACCGUAUUAGGUCUCAGGACGUUGUGACCCAGGCCUAGAGGCCCGUAAGCAAUCCAUAGCCUCAGCUCCCUAAGUCUUCUCGGGCUGGCUGGACAGAAGUGACAGAAGAGAGGGGCGGGCUCUGCAGGGUCCCCGUACAGGCUCCUCACAGAGACGUGCGAGCAGAGGGGUGACCUCGGUUUCUGGGCCUAAGGCUACUUACUUCUCAUGAGAGAUUGAGGUGACUGCCUCUCUUGGUUCCCAUUUCUCUUUCUUGCUCUUACCCAAGUACUUUAAUUCAAGGUGAAACUGGUGCACUGCAAAGCUGGAGACACAGUUGGUGAAGGAGACCUGCUCGUGGAGCUGGAAUGAAGUACUUGUAGCCCUUCAGUCACCACUGCUCACUGCUUUAAUUAGCAUUUCCAUUAUUCUCUAACCCUCAAUUUGCUCAGGCGUUUACAGGAGCACUCUGUGCAGCAGGUUCUACAGCAUCGUAUUUAUUCCUCAGAAGAGGCAAAACCGACACUCUGCCAAAAAAAUCACCAAUGGGAAUUUUUAUUGAUAUAAAUACUUGUAUAUAUGAUUUGUACUUCUGCUGAGAUUUCCCAGUGUCAAAAUUAAAUCAAUAAAACCAAGCAUUUGUCUAAA